ACCAGCAAGUGUUAGCGUGAUAAACACAGGUGCGAUACCCGAAGGUUAUGGUCAUCCAUCAGUCAUUACGUUUGACAGCCAUUCACCAUAUUCAAAGCAAGUCCGAGGCAUGCCAGACUGUGCAAUUUCACCCAAUCUACCUGAUAUAUCUUAUUAGCGUAUUUAUGCAAAUAUGCAGAGUCAAAGGUCAUGAAAAUCGACAGGAGUGUAUUGAAGUGUUGAUCACCACACGUCCCUAAGCCGACCGGGCAAAAUGUUGAGGGUGGUCAUUUUUUCCUGUGUCCUGGUUGCGGUUUAUGGAAUGGGGACCAGUAUGCACGGGAAGGGAGGCACCUAUGGCGGGUACGGAUCAAAAGGUGGCUUCUAUGGAUACGGCGGCAAAGGUGGCUACAACAGCGGAUACGGUGGCAAAGGUGGCUACUUCACCGGAUACGGUGGCAAAGGUAGUAAUGAUGGCUACUACAGCGGAUCUAGUGGUAAAAGUGGCUACGGAAAAGGUGAUGGGAACACAGUGAAGUACAGCUCUCAAACCAUUAUACCACUGUCUAAUCCAUCACUUCCCUCGUUCACACUUGAAGGACGGGACACGGAUUCCCCGUAUGGCUCCGGCGUGGGGUUAAUAGCCGCUUUUGGAGCUUUCGCAAUUCUAUUUGUUUUAACGAGAAACUGAUGUCAUACCUAAAACAUUGGCUGAUGGCUAUUUUCAAAGAUUCCUUAUCAACAAGAACCUUUGAAGAUAUUGAUCUGAUAUGUUCUACCGAUUGGUAAAUUGUUGAAUAAAUUUUAUAGAAGGGU